UUGAAUAACUCAGAAUCUGUUCUCAUGUAGUUUUACACUGUGUAGAAAAAUACGGAUGGUAGUUACAGCUUCUUAAUAGGAGUAAGUCAGAUUGCAAACAGUGUAAUGGCCAAGACAAAACACCUUCUCUAAGUUUUAAAGGUUUUUAAAUAGAUUUUUUUAAACUAAAUAAUAUUUAUGCUAUGAAGAAGAAAAAACCUCUCCGCUUGAAAAAUAUUAUUUAUUUGAACUAGCAGCUUAAAUCUCUGCAUGGAAUUAUACUUUUAUGUGGUCAAAAAAGUUAUUUCCCACUGUUUAAGAGUUAUAUUGCCUGUCAGCAUCUGUCUGUUGUCCUCUGAAUUAAAGCUUCUUCCCCAUCUAGUUUGGUAUGAGGGCUGUGGCAUGAGCACACAACAGGUGAGCUGAUGCUGGGAAGCCACGGCUGGCUAAGCAGGAAAGGAGCUAGUAUAGAAGAACUGCAUGGAAAAGAAGUCUGAAUUAAUAUAUACCCCAAGUGUAAGUCCAGCUAGUACAGAAGUGUAAAGAAGGAUCCAGUUGUCUUGGAGAAUAUUAAGAUACAAAACCUCAUCCAACAUGAUGUAGCCUCAAGAUAAUUGCUUUUAGUACAGUACUGUGGUUUUAAUUUCACAUUCUUUCUAACAUUUAAAAAAGAUAAAACCGUCAAUAGCCUUGAUGAAAAUCCUCCCCAUGCAGCUUAGUACAACCAGUGCAGCUUUUUGGCCUCUUCCAUCUUGUCUUUGUACAGAAACCCUACAGUCCUCAGUAGGUGCUGAAGACACACAACCUCUGAGGUCAAGAAGAAUCAUGCUGUGGCUGUUCAGGAGUUUGAAAUAUCCACAAAGCCAAUACUUGUUUCGGCAUGGACUCAUAAUUCUAGCUCCUAUAACUACCAAGCCAACCCAAAAUAAAUAGCUUGUGAUUUCUACUGUCUGUUAUGUGGAGGUCACCUAUCUCUUCCUUCUCUCAGCCAAUCUCUGAAGUAAAAACACAUCCUAACACCUACACGAAGAGAACAGCAACGCUCCAGCGGCAAAGAACAAAAUUUCAUCUAUCAUAUUCAGACAAAGAAUCCCUAGAGAGGGAGCCUAGAGGUGAAUCCCAGCAAGAAGUCUUAAGACGGGCAGCCAAGGAUCUUCCUAUCUAUACACGGACAAUGUCUGGAGCAAUCAGAUACUGUGACAGAUGCCAUCUUGUAAAACCAGAUCGUUGCCAUCACUGUUCUGUAUGCGACAAAUGCAUUUUGAAAAUGGAUCAUCAUUGCCCUUGGGUGAACAACUGUGUAGGAUUCUCCAAUUACAAAUUUUUUCUUCUCUUCUUGGCUUACUCGCUACUGUAUUGCCUCUUCAUUGCUGCAACGGAUUUACAGUACUUCAUCAAGUUUUGGACAAAUGGCCUUCCUGAUACUCAAGCCAAGUUCCACAUCAUGUUUUUAUUCUUUGCUGCAGCUAUGUUUUCUGUCAGUCUGUCUUCUCUCUUUGGUUAUCACUGUUGGCUUGUCAGCAAGAAUAAAUCUACAUUAGAGGUAUUCAGAGCUCCCAUAUUUCGUCAUAGAACAGACAAGAAUGGCUUUAGCUUGGGCUUCAGCAAAAACCUAAGGCAGGUGUUUGGUGAUGAGAAAAAAUACUGGUUGCUGCCAGUGUUUUCAAGUCUAGGGGAUGGUUGUUCCUUCCCAACUUGCCUUGUUAAUCAGGAUCCUGAGCAGGCUUCCACACCUGGUGGUCUUAACUCAACAUCCAAAAAUGAGAGCCACCUGUUUCCUGCAAAGCCGUUGCGUGAUUCCCAGAGCCACCUUCUUACAGAUGCACCAUCUUGGUCAGAAACUAGUGCAAAGGCUGAAAAGGGCAAAGUUGGUAUGAGCAAUCCUGCAUUAACCAUGGAAAAUGAAACCUAAUUUUCCUUAAAAGAAACAUCUGAAUAUCUAAGGAAAGUUCAAGAAAAGCUGUCGUUGGAAGGAAUAUGAAUUCUUCCAAGCAUCAGCCCUGUUGGCCAGCUGCUCCUAUCUGCUCCUGUGUGGAUGUGCUCAGAAAACAAACUGACAGACAAUUAGCUGUCUCCAUGUCACUGCUUGAAACAUGAAACUAAACAUACUACUUCUGAACCAUAUGAAGAAUGUUUUAACUUAAAAUUACUGGUUUUGAAUGGUGAAGGAUGAUUCUGAGUAUUAGGUAAUGGAAAAAAAGGAGUCUGAAGUUGCAAUUGUGAAAAUUCAAUGGCUGGUUUUACUUUGAUAUUCAGCACAAGAAAAAUGUGACCUCCUUACCUACAAGUCCGUGUUCUUGUCUUGGUUUUGAAGAUCUACCCAUUAAUUCAAAUUGCUGUAAUCAAAUUUUUGCACUACUGGCUUUACAAAUUGGCAGAAUAGCCAGUGUUGAUUACAAAUAAUUUAGUGGCUUGGUGGACUGUAUUUUCUUUAGGGCGCUUGAUAAGCAAUAAGGAGACCCAAGUGAAGUGUCUUGAUUAUUUUUGGAACAUCUUUGAAAAACAUUAUUGCAAAAGGUCCAUUUUUCCCUCGGAUAGGUGCUACCAAUAGUUUGAAAAGUUGUGGAGGGGGGGAAAAAACUCCUUUGUUAAUUGAAUGCCACAGUGGGUCACUGGUGAGUGGAGUGAUAAAAAGCCUGCGUUCAGAUGGAUAAUACAUGAAUGAAGCUGGUCAGCUGGGGAUUUUGAUGGGAGCUGCACAGGACAGUGCAAUGAAAUGGGGAUUUUAUUGUCCCAUUUGGAGCUGUUAACCCCUUCAGGAAACAAAUUUUGGCACUUUGCUCCAAAAGGCUUUUUACCAACUGUGUUCCCAAAGGCCACUGUCUUUCAAAAUCCUAGUUUCUAACUAUUCAAUAGUUGUCUCAGAUUUCUUUUUUUACUUGUUCUUUAAGACACUGCCUUUCUAACUGCAUAACUUAACGAAUACCAUGUACAAUCAACAAGACUUACUGUUACAACUUGUGAUAUUUGCAUUUACAGGACAACAGAUGUUUGACUGCAAUACCAAAAAGCCAAGCUGCUGCACAUAGGAAACCCCCUUCAAUUAAGUUAGGAGCUAGCAUCUUUCUUAGAAUCAGAGUUUACCGGACAGAUAAUAAAAGAUGCAUUAUCAGCUUUCAAAGGCAAGGAAAUUUCAGCAACACAAAUCUAAUUGUCUUGUGCCUUUUGUAUACACUACAUUUAUGGUAUCAGUGUUUACAUUUAAAUGCAAAUUGUUAUUCUGAAAACAACUUUAGGAGGAACUUAGCUAUGCGUUCUAGGUGGCUAGAUAAAAAGACUAGUCCAGAAAAAAAAAAAAUGUGAAAACUUCUCAGCCUAAGCUCAGUUCAGUUGAAGCAGAAAAGUACUUCUGUUAUCAAACCUGAGUCACUUAGCAGGUUGGCUUACAGUGU